UGUGUAAAAUGUUCAUUUUAAUUACUGGCACAACAUGCUUUCCAUUUGAAGAUGCAUUGUCAAAGGCGGAUGAAGAAAACUGGGAGCCUUGUCGUAAAUGUGGUAUAUUACGGCGGAAAACGUUAUUUAGUAGAUUGUAUUGAUGCCGAAAAACAAAUGUAGUACCAACGAUUGGAAAUGACAUUGAGUCAUGCGUUUUGAGUCAUGUAUAUUGAACCUAUAAACACGGGCCAAUUAAAACCCCCCUCCUUUUAAACGGAGAACGUCUCGGAGAUAAGCUAGACUGUAGUUUACACUCAUCUUCCCCCCAGGAGGCUCUACUUCCCAGCCCCUUUGUUCAGUCUAGCCGGUGGGUUGAGUCAGAGGGAGGCUGUGCUAACCCAACAUAUGCAUAUCACUGUGGGAACACCGACAAGAUUGGGAACGGGCCGGGAAAAAAAUAGCUGAUUAUCCGGGAGACCAGACUGAGACUGUUAGCUUGUUUAAUCAGAGCCAGACAAGAGAAAAGUUGAUUUUGAGUGUUGCUGAUGCUGCGUUUCGUUUCGGGAACCGUCAAGACCUGUGUGCCAGUGUUUGGCUACGUGAACAGCGGUACAUGUCGAUUGUCUUCGCUCUUUGGUAGCUGCUUUAGCUAUCUUCCUGAAAAAAUGAACCGGCAGGCUAACUGCUAAACCAUCACCGGUCUAUUGCUGACACCGUGCAGUUGUUGCCAUCAUCCACUGAUCCACGCUGACUCUCCCUUUCAGUUUCUGCUCAGCAUCCAUAUUUGCAUCCCAGGGAGUGGCAACCACUAAUCCCUCUCUUCUGGCAAGAAAAUUAAAGUUGGCCGGUUGUCGGACACCUUUCGGACGCUCCAAUUUUGCAUAGCAACCUAAACAUGGAGAGCGACAGCCACCACUCCCACAUCUAGUGCCUGAUCCACAAGCCUUCGUCACCCGGGAAGGAGCUCUCAGGUUCUGGCUGUCUCCUUGCUUCUGUAGAAUGAAUAUGCUCAAGUCCAGUGGACUGAAAAUCCCUGGCCGGGGGCCCAAGCAUUCCAGCCCAGUGGGAAGGACCUCAGCGGGUGGAACCUCCAGCCCUCUUGUCCCUAAAGACAAUGCUCUACUCAAGCCCACCACACCAACUAAAAUCUCUGAAGAGGGCGACGAGGUUUUGGGGGAUUACACAGUGGGUGAACAGGUCUGGGUCAACGGUGUCAAACUCGGAGUUAUUGCCUACCUAGGGGAGACCCAGUUUGCCCCGGGACAAUGGGCAGGCGUGAUACUGAAUGACCUAGUUGGCAAAAAUGACGGCUCAGUGGGCGGCGUGCGUUACUUUGAAUGCCAGCCCCUCCAGGGCAUCUUCACGCGACCCUCAAAGCUCACCCCACAGCCGGUUGGAGAGGGAAGUGACAGCCACUCCACUGACUCGCUCUCUGCCCAGAAUCUGACUCAGCAGGGCGGCAAUGGCGCCCCCCCUGGCCAGCGGGUAGUGGUGCCCCUGAGAGAAGGCCUGGCCCUGCUCAACAGCGCAGUGAAAACGGGCAACGAGUCGGGGUCCAACAUGUCUGACAGCGGUUCGGUUAAGAAAGGUGGGGAUAAGGAUCUUCGAGUUGGAGAUCGAGUUUUGGUGGGAGGCUCUAAGAUGGGAGUCAUACGCUACAUGGGAGAGACCGACUUCGCCAAGGGGGAAUGGUGUGGGGUCGAGCUGGAUGAGCCCCUGGGGAAGAAUGAUGGUGCAGUGGCUGGUACAAGAUACUUUCAGUGUCUUCACAAGUUUGGCCUGUUUGCUCCGAUCCACAAGGUGAUCCGCAUCGGCUUCCCUUCCACCAGCCCGGCGAAGGCCAAGAAGAGCAAGCGGAUGGCCAUGGGGGUUUCCUCUCUGGCCCACAGCCCCAGCAGCUCCUCCAUCAGUUCAGUCAGCUCGGUGGCCUCCUCCGUGGGUGGACGACCGAGCCGAACUGGGCUGCUGACCGAGACAUCUUCGCGCUACGCCCGUAAGAUCUCGGGCACCACUGCGCUCCAGGAAGCCCUGAAGGAGAAGCAGCAGCACAUCGAGCAGCUGCUGGCCGAGAGGGACCAGGAGCGAGCCGACAUGGCCAAGGCCACCAGCCACAUCUGUGACGUGGAGAAGGAGCUGAGCGUCCUGAAGGUGCAACACAUGCAGUAUGUAACUGAGAAUGAGAGCACCCUCCAGCAAAUCAAAGCCAUGUUGGCCUGCACACAGAAAGAUAAACUGGAACUGUCCAAUCAGCUCGAAGAAGAGAAAAGGAAAGUGGAGGACCUUCAGUUCAGAGUAGAGGAGGAAUCCAUCACCAAGGGAGACCUGGAGACUCAGAGGAAAAUGGAGCGUGCCCACAUUCGUCAGCUUGAGCAGAGCCUGCUCCUCGAAAAGUCGAGAGCAGAGGUGCUUCAGAAAGACUUAGACAAGAGGAGGGGAAGAUGCUCUCAUGUCGCAGUGUCCUUGAGGUUGGGUAAGAGAACCAAGCAAACCACAGUUGAAGAGCAUAGUCGUAUCAUGCUGCUGGAGGAGGAGCUCAGCCUCAGGAGGACUGAGAUGGAGAACCUCCAGGCCAAACUCAGAGGAUCUGAGACAAGCUCGCAACAAACCGCCGACAGCGAAGACGCCCCGGGGUCCGACGCCCAGCCGGAGGCCCUCGCUCUUCGCACGCAGCUGCUGUUGGCGGGCCGCGAGCAUCACAAGGAGAGCAGCGAGCUUAAAGAGAAGUACAAGGCAGCAUUAGCAGCGAGCCAGCAGGAGAUAGACUCGCUGAAGACAGUGGUGGAGGACAAGAGCCAGGAGGUCAGUAGGAUGAAGCAGAAAGUCCAACAGGCCAACAAGGAAAACAUGGAAAUGAUGGACACCUGGAAGGUUAAAUUUGACAGUUUAGUAACUGACCACCAGCGUUCCUUGGAGGAACUGAGGGCCUCAAUGAGUGGUGAUCAUCCUACUCCAGCAGGUACGGAGCAGGACGCCCAGGAGCUGAGAGCCGCUCUGGAGAGCCUGAAGACGGAGCACCAGCUGGAGAUGGAGAAUCUCAAGGCCAAACAUAAGAUCGAAGCCGCCAUUCUGACCAUGGAACGCGAAGACCUCUGCACUCGUCUUCAGGAGGCCAAAGACCAGCUGGCCGAGGGAAGCCAGACGUGGAGGGCCGAGGUACACACCAAAGGCGGCAAGCAGGCCCUAGAGGAGGCUACCGAGAAGUUACAAAAGGCGGAGCAGCGGCUGGCGGAAAUGGAGAAGCUUCAGACGGAGCAGGACAAAAGUACAGAGGAGCUCAGAGAGAGACUGGAGCUGUCAGAGAAGAAGAUGACGGACUAUCAGGCUCUGCAGAAGGCCCAGGCGGAGAGCCAAGAGGAGAUCCAGAAGCUGGAGGAGAAGCUGAGGGUGACGGCGAACCAACUCCAGGCCAUCCAAUCAGAUCGCUACACAUCCCAUGAUGCAAAUGUGAUAGAGGAUAAUGAAAUUUCAGAUGAGAAGAUGAAGCUGAAACAGAAUAUUGAAGAAACAAUGGAGAAGUUGUUGAAAAGGGAAAAAGAGGUCUCAACUCUCACUUCCCAGGUUGAAGUCCUCAAGUCCCAGAUGGGAGCACUAGAGGGCAAAGUUCGAUCAGCAGAAAAGAAAGCCGAAACCCUGGCCAAGGAGAAGAUGCGUGUGGAGGUAGAGCUGGAGUCCAUGACCAAGAAGUCCCACGAUGCCUCGGGACAGCUGGUCAAUAUCAGCCAGGAGUUGCUGAAGAAAGAGAGGAGUCUGAAUGAACUGAGGGUGUUACUCCUGGAAUCACAUCGCCAUUCACGGGACAUGGAGAAAGACCUGAACCGAGAAGUCCACAAGGCUGAAUGGAAGGUCAAGGAGCAGAAACUUCAGGAAGACAUCAAGACCCUGCGUGAAAAGUUGCUUCUACUGGGUCGGGAACACUCUUCACCUGACCACCGGCGGCACUCCAUGCUGGACCCCUCUGUCCUGGACUCAGAGGUGAUCCGGCUCCGCCAACGGCUGCUCAGCACUGAGGACGCCCUGAGGAACGCCAUGGACCACAACCAGCAGGUCGACCAGCUGGUGCAGGCCAUGCGAAGGCAUCCAGAUAAAAGCCCGGUGCAUGGUGCAAAUUCAGCCAAUGGAAUUCAUCAUCAGGAGUCAGGAGGCACUCGAGAUGAACAACACUGAUAUGAGCAGAAGGGAUAAGCCUAAACUGGGACAUGCAGAAGUCCAUCUUAAAGAAAAGCUCAUCCAUCGUUUCUCCUGAUCCUGCGAUGGACGCCUGAAGAUUUCAGUUUGCAGUUAAUACCAAAACAGCGAAUCUCUAUCUUGAGUGAAUUUAUGUGUUGUUGCAGAAAGCACCUAUUAGCCAGUCAUGAAGACCGCUUAAAGUACUAUAAAAUAUAAACAGGAAAUGACACAUGGACAUGAAGAGAUAUCGGUAUAACUCCUGGAACGUACAGUAUGGCAACCUUUGAUGCUUUACAGUAGUUAGAAAAUUCAAUCUACAAGUUGCCGGGAACUGACAAUUCUUAAUUUUUAACCAGAAGGAAAAAAACGGCUGAUUGACAACGAUGUGAAGAACUAAAGAACUGGGUCUCAGUCGCUUUGUUUGUUUAAUUUAUUACUUUUACUUUGCUCCUCAGCCGCUUGGCCAGUGAUACUCAGAGCAACUCAUUACGAUGACUAAUAUUUUUCACAGAGUUUGGCUCAUCUGUCACUUUACUUAAUACCUGAUGAGAGAAUUGGUUGGAAACUCAUUACAGUCUACUCUGUCCAGUGUUUAUGCUCCCACUUAAGUGUACAAUAUGAUCAUAAUUGUUGGUGACGGGUGUUAAUGGAAGUAUUAAAAAGGACCUUUUUAAAGUAAUACUCUACCCCAAAUCUGUCUUUUGAUAAAAAUAAAAAAUAAACACCAAAGGCUUGCAAAGUAGCUGUAAAAAGAUUUGUAUUAUACUUCAUGGUUAUCAGGCUGGUGACAUUUGUGUGACAAUGGAUUCAAAUUUUUUUGUCAACAAAAUCUUCUUAACCACUUUCUACAAAAUAAUCCACUACCAGAGGUUCUAUUAAUGUGUUGAUUCUGUUCCAAACUUUUUCCCGCCAGUACACACCUAAAUACUCUGCUUCUGUCUCAAUCCUAAUGCACCUUUUGAUACUGAAAAGUACUUUUUAAGCAGUCCAAAUUUGUUUUCUGUCCCUUACGAAAAGUUUGCAAAACCCUGUGCUGUCUCAAUAACCUCAAAAGCAAGUUACAGUUCUCUUGAAGUUUCCUGAAUGAAUAUUGUUCAACUCUGUGAAAAUCAUUCCAUGUUUAGAUUUCGGUCUUUUCGUAAGCAAUCAAGCAUAACAUGAUGGAGAAGUUGGAGGCACAACACAAGCAGAGUGAUAUUUCCUCUGGCAUUCUGUGAGAGUGUUAUCAAACUUAUAUUAUGGUCACUUUUCAAGAAAACCUUCUAGGAAAAUCUUAUUUUGUUUCUUUUUAGCUAUCUUAUGGAAAUAGUAUGUUUAACCCUCUAAGUUAACUUAACUAUUAACAUACUCUAAAGCAGCAUUACUGUUGCUACUGUACUUUAUGAUUGCUAUUAUCAGAACCUGUUUUACUAUGUUUGAGGGGUUGGAACCCAACAAAUCACUUUUAUUUCUGUGCCAACAACAUAACCUUAUUAAAGCUGCCACAAGUUCUUGUGAAUCACUAACAACUGCUUAUUAUGGUGUAUUAUAAAUCCUACAUGUGAAUACACUCUGGGAGAGAGUUAUCUGUUGCAGGACUGACAGACAUGAUUUCAACUACCAAUCCUCUCUUCAGGUAUCGGGUAAGGUGGCUAUUGGGCAAUCAAUCAGUCCUUUUUAGUCACUGCACAUCAAUGGACCCCGUGCUAGGAAUUAAUGAAACUGGGAGACCUCCUGAAUUCAGCUCUGAGUUAUGUUACAGUAUAUUUAUGGAAUUAAUAAUACAGUGAAUUAUUACAGACUUUUGUGUUCUCUUAAACUCUGUCCAACCUCGUACCAAUACAUCUUCUGUAAUUAUCAGCUAUUUCAUUUACUGUGGACUAUGUAUCAAUGCAGACUCAUUCAUAUCAUUCAUAUAAUUUACUUAUUUAUGGUACAGCAUAGCAGUCUUAUUUGCUUCCCAAUUUAAUGCUGUAUCUAAAUGUCCCUGGAUUAGUUUAAUGACCUUUUCUUAUGCAGGGCUACUGAAAGCCUGUCCCAGCAGCUAAAAACCCAAACAAUGGAUGUAAAAGGUUACACUCAACCUUCUUUCCCAGGUUGUAAACAUUAGGAUUUCAUUUGCAAAAAUGUCAUUGAAACAUAUUGAACUUACAUUGCAAGUCUUCCAAAUAUUGUUUUAUCCAUAACUAAAUUAGGAGAUCCUGUUUUUAGUUGGUCAUAGGUUGCUAUUGCUGCACAAGAGACAUAACACAGAGGAGAGUAGUGUGUAAAGUGUCUCCUGAGCAAAACAUGUAGGGCAGGCACUGGUCAGCAAAGAUAAACUUACAUUUUCCAUUGGAUAUUGUACAUGGCCUUUUCAGCUGGAUGGUUCAUACCCUUUGGAUCAUUGCUGCAAUGGUUUCGGAGAUUGAGUCAUUAAAUAUUAACAAUGUG